AUGGUGGACAAGACCGGUGACCAUUUCGUGGCCUACUUUUUGCCCACCGACGAGACCCGACAACUGCGUCGACAAGAUGCCCAGAACCAGACAACGUUCACAGAAGGUGCCUCUUACGAGUACGAGUUGGCUCGAGAGUACAACUGGAACGUCAAGAACAAAACUAUGGCCAAUUAUGAAGAAAAUUACUUUUUCGUAUUUCGAAAUGAUGGUACGUCCUUUUUCUCCUAUCAAACUACUUCCCCGGGCGCGUCAAAUGCAUGUCAUUGCCCCAUCAAUCCAAAUUCAGGCUUUCUUUCGUACUUAUAUGUCCGUGCUGUGAGUGCUCCUAUAAAAAUAUAUGGUAAAGCUGUCUUGUGUGGCCGCCUAACAUAA